AUCGUUAAUAACAGUGACAAUAAAUCUUCACCUUCACGAUGACUACGUUAAGUGGAUUUAUAGAAUUCUUCCAGAAAGGCAAGACAUUUAGGCCGAAGAAAAAGUUUGCUCAUGGAACAUUGCGUUACUCUUUACACAAGCAAGCUCAAGCUUCUCUCAAUUCUGGAAUCAAUCUAAGAUCUGUUGUCACAUUGCCACCAGGAGAAGAUAUGAAUGAUUGGAUCGCCGUUCAUGUUGUAGACUUUUUCAAUAGAAUAAAUCUUAUAUAUGGCACUGUAUCCGAGUACUGCGAUUCAGCGUCUUGUCCAACAAUGAGUGGUGGAGCACGUUUUGAAUAUUUGUGGGCAGACGGUGAAAAAUAUAAAAAGCCUACAGCAUUACCAGCGCCUCAAUAUGUUACCCUUCUUAUGGAUUGGAUUGAAGCUCAAAUAAAUAACGAAACGGUUUUUCCAGUAUCAACAGAUGUGCCAUUUCCUAAAACGUUUGUGCCACUAUGUAGAAAAAUCUUGACGCGCCUUUUUAGAGUCUUUGUCCAUGUGUACAUCCAUCAUUUUGAUCGCAUUGUAGCAAUAGGAGCAGAAGCACACGUGAAUACAUGUUACAAGCAUUUCUACUAUUUUAUAACGGAAUUUGAUUUAAUCAAUUCUAAGGAAUUAGAGCCGUUAGCCGAAAUGACUUCUAAAGUUUGUAAGGAUAGUGUUUCUCCUACUCAAAGCACAGCACCAUCAACCAAUCAAGGCAGAUAGUUAUUUCGUAGUCAUAUUUGAUAAACUUGUUAAUUUCAAGUUAUAGUAGAAGAACAAACUUCC